AUGAAGAUGCUCUGGUUGAGUCUUCUGACUCUUCUGAUGCUCGGACAGACUCUUGUGAUGGGCCUGCCUGUCCAGGCACCAGACCUGCCUACACAACCCAAUGCUGGACCAUCUGAAGCUGACCAGGAGUUUGCAGAGGAAUAUCUGCGGCACUUUUAUGGCUACCAGCCCAAGUCAGAGAGACAGAAGAGGACUGCAGACACAAGUGAAGAUGCCGAUUGGAAGACUGGACUCUGUGAUAAGUUCCAGAGCAUGCAGCGUUUCUUUGGUUUACCUCCAAGUGGAGAGCUAACUCUAGAGACUCUGGCAGUUAUGAAGAGGCCACGCUGUGGUUUGUCAGAUGUGGAACGAUUUGGAAACACAAUUCGCUGGAAGAAGAACACCCUCAGCUACAGGAUCGCUGGCUCCAACCUCCCCAUCUCAGCCUCGAAGGUUAACAAAGUCUUCCGGGCGGCAUGGAAACUCUGGUCCAGUGUUGCACCGAUGGAAUUUCGCAAACGGAACAGGAAGGAGGCUGACAUUGUUAUCUCCUUCCUCAAUGGUGACCAUAAAGAUGGCUCACCUUUCGAUGGCAAAGGAGGAAUCCUGGCUCAUGCCUUUCUGCCUGGGUCUGGUGUUGGUGGAGACGUGCACUUUGAUGCUGAUGAAGACUGGAGCUUUAAUUCUACUGGUUUCAACCUAUUUGCUGUGGCAGCCCAUGAAUUUGGCCAUGCACUUGGCCUGCCCCACUCAUCUGACCCCGGAGCCAUAAUGUACCCAGCAUAUAACUUUGCUUCCAACUAUGAGCUACAGCUCUCCUUCCGCGAUGUCAAGGACGUCCAACACCUGUACGGUAUCAGUCCCAAUUUUGCUUCACUAUUCUCAAAAAAGCCUCCUCCAAGAACACCUGACAAAUGUGAUCCAGAUUUGUCCUUUGAUGCUGUAACAGAAUUACAACAGGAGGUCGUGUUUUUCAAAGACAGAUUUAUGUGGCGCAAACAUCCUCAGUCUGAUGAAACAGGAAUCACUCUGAUUAACAGUCUGUGGUCAGACAGUGUACCUCCUUUCUUGGAUGCUGUCUAUGAGAAUGUGGAGAGGAAUGAAGUUGUGUUUUUCAAAGGUCAUCAGUACUGGAUGCUGAGCCAGCUAAAACUCAAGGAGGGUUUCCCUAGAAACAUCUCAGACUUGGGCUUCCCCUCCAGAAUAAAAUCCGUAGAUGCUGCUCUUCAUUUCAGAAAUGACCGCCACACUGUGUUCUUUACUGGCCAUGAGUGUUGGAAGUACAAUGAGCAGCAGAUGAUGAUGGGGGGAUCACCGACACUCAUAGAGCAAGUGUGGCCAGGGAUUCCAGCUCCCAUAGAUGCAGCUGUCCUCUACGAGGGAUUUGUGCAUUUCUUCAAGGGAAAUAUCCAGUACAAAUAUGACGCCAACUCCAAACGCGUCGUGUCCACCAGCCCUGCUAAUGACCUGCUGGAAUGCAAGAAGCACCACAAUGAAAUACUGACAGAGAGGAGAUAA